UAAUAACCUAAAUCGCGCAUGUUGUGGUGUUCGUGUUAUGGUGUUUCUCUGCUGGUAGUCUUAUCAAAUUAUUGUUUGUCGGAAAGCCCAUUUAUUUAGUUCUUGCAGUCAUGUCAGCCAAUGAAGCAGAUGACCAGAUGGAGGCCAGCUCCUCUGGAAGCGAGGAUGAAGUUAUGGAAGGAGAGGAAGAAAAUGAUGAUCGCCCCAAGACUUAUUUGCCGGGUCAGCCUUUGAAGGAAGACGAGCAGCUGGUCUGUGACCAGUCCGCCUACGUUAUGUUACAUCAAGCGCAGACUGGUGCACCUUGCCUUAGCUUCGACAUCGUUCCUGACAAUCUUGGUAACGACAGAAGCGAAUUCCCAAUGACUGCUUAUUUGGUAGCCGGCACUCAAGCUUCUAGUGCCCAUUUAAAUAAUCUUCUAGUUAUCAAAAUGUCGAAUUUGCAUCAAACAUCAAAAGCUGAAGAUGAAGAAGAGUCUGAUGAAGAUGAGGAUGACGAUGACGAGGAAGAGGAUGAGGAAAAGAAGCCGCUAAUGACAUUCUCAUUCAUCAAACACCAAGGAUGUGUAAACCGAAUAAGGGCAACAAGUUUUAGAAAUUCCGUUUUAGCUGCAAGUUGGUCUGAAUUAGGCAGGGUAGACAUUUGGAACAUAACUCAGCAGCUACAAGCAGUGGAUGAUCCCGCAUUACUAGAACGCUAUAAUCUGGAUACUGUCAACAAUCCAGUCAAACCUCUCUAUUCAUUCAAUGGACAUCAACAGGAAGGAUUCGGUAUUGAUUGGUGCCCCACAGAAACUGGUGUCCUAGCAACAGGUGAUUGCAGAAGAGACAUCCACAUUUGGAAACCCAAUCAGGCUGGCACAUGGGAAGUGGACCAGCGCCCCCUAGUAGGUCACACAAGUUCUGUCGAAGAUAUACAAUGGUCUCCUAAUGAAAGGAAUGUUUUAGCUACAUGUUCUGUUGAUAAAUCAAUAAGAAUAUGGGACACCAGAGCAGCCCCCCAUAAAGCGUGCAUGCUGUCAGUAGAGAAUGCUCAUGAAAGUGAUGUAAAUGUUAUAUCAUGGAAUAGCAAAGAACCUUUUAUUGCAAGUGGUGGUGAUGAUGGCUUUCUUCAUAUCUGGGAUUUAAGGCAACUGGCCAACAAAACUCCAGUUGGUACAUUCAAACACCACACAGCACCUGUUACUUCAGUAGAGUGGCACUGGACUGAGCCCAGUGUGCUGGCUUCUGCAGGUGAAGAUCAUCAAGUUGCACUAUGGGACUUGGCAGUUGAACGAGACGAUGACGACAUAGUUGAUGAAGAAUUGAAGAACCUUCCACCCCAGUUGCUGUUCAUCCAUCAAGGACAGAGCGACAUAAAGGAAUUGCAUUGGCACAAACAAAUGCCAGGAGUAAUGGUGACUACUGCUCACACAGGAUUCAAUAUAUUCAAGUCUAUUAGUGUAUAAAAUAAAACUAUG